AAUCACAUUUGCUCUUAUUUUUAUUAUAAUUUCUCCAUCUUCUUCCUUCUUCUACCUAGCUCAUAGAAGCUUCACAGAUCAUAAACCCCUCUAUAUCUCUGCAACAAUCUUGUUGUAACUUCAUAAAUUUUAUAUAUCAAUUGCUACACAUCCGUACUACAUAUAGAAAUGGGAAGACAUUCUUGUUGUUACAAGCCAAAGCUUAGAAAAGGCCUUUGGUCCCCUGAAGAAGAUGAAAAACUUCUCAAUUACAUAGCUAGACAUGGUCAUGGCUGUUGGAGUUCUGUCCCCAAGCUCGCAGGUUUGCAGAGAUGUGGAAAGAGUUGUCGGCUUAGGUGGAUAAACUAUUUGAGACCAGACUUAAAGAGGGGAGCUUUCUCUCAAGACGAAGAAGGCUUGAUCAUUGAGCUCCAUGCUGCGUUAGGCAACAGAUGGUCUCAGAUCGCAACUCGGUUACCGGGAAGAACAGACAACGAGAUCAAAAACUUUUGGAACUCGUGUCUCAAGAAGAAGCUGAGAAGAAAAGGCAUCGACCCAACUACACAUAAACCCUUAAUAAGCGAUCUUCAAACUCUUAACGUCAUAAAUCAGAAGCUGACGUCAUCUCAAGUAGUAAAGUCAACGGGUUUGAUAAACAACCCACAUGAACCGUCGAUGGUUGUCUCAUCGCAACCAGGUCCAUGGUGGUUUCCGUCGAUGGCUAACCAGAAUGCUGCGUUUUGCUUCAGUUCAAGUACUACUCCAUCGGUUUCAGACCAGAUCGUAUCUUUAAUCUCUUCAAUGUCCACGUCAUCAUCUACGACAUCAAUGACUUCAAACUUCAACCCUUUUCCUGAACUCUACUACUGCAACAACACAGUUCCAUCUCAGACCAACAGUAUCUACAGUGCUUUCUUUGGUAAUAGUUUCACAGAAGCUAGCCAAAUCAAUAAUAACAAUAAUCCAGUAGUGGAUGAUCAUCCUCAUGGACAAGACAUGAAGUCAUGGGCAUCGGAGAUUCUUCAUUACACAGAACAUAACCAAAGCUCAGAAACUGGUUUAGAAGCAGAAGUGAAGCCAGACAUUGGCAAGUACUACUGGAGAUCAACAUCAUCAUCGUCAUCACCGAACGAAAACGCUGCGACACUACUACAUGAUGCUGACGUUGAGUGGUACGGUAAAAACCUACAAAAACUUAAUAACAUGGCGUUUGAUCAGAGCCUUUAGAGUAAAUAUUAUGUGCUAGAGAAAGUUCCUAAUCAGUACUUCAUUUUCUAUCCACUUUCACGAACCGGAGUUUAUUUGAUUGAUACAUAUAUAUAAUAUUUAUUCAUCACGUAUUUGUAAGUAUAUGUUUUCUGGUUAUGUAAAUUUUCUGCGAUCGUGUAUGUAUAUAUUUUUCUGGUGCCAUUUUCCUCUUUUUGCUUGUCAUUACUUUGACCUUAAUAGAGUUUCAUUUUUUUUUAAUUU